ACAGUGAGCUAGCGAGCGCGCGGGCGGCUCUGCUGCAGACUCACCACUGUCGAGCUCAUUAAUCAAAGCGGUAGAGAGAGAGAGAGCAGCUCGGAAAAGUAGCGUCCCUCGCGGUUCCAUCUCCGUGCACUAGCGGAGCGUGACGCCCGGGAUCUGGAACCACCUCCUCCUGCUUCUUCUUCUGCCUCCCGGACGAGCUGAAGCGCUCGAGCUGCGCGGUGCAGUGCAGCGCGACUCCUCAGUCCAGCCAUGCGCUGCGCUCGAGUCGCCCAUAAGACUUUCUGGACGCUGACACUGCUUGAGAUGUCGCUGGUGGUGCUGUCCCGUGGGAGCGACGCGGUGGAUUAUGAGUACGCUUCCAACACUUUUGAGUACUUGCUGGAAUCGGACAGCGCAGGGGAGGUGAACUACAAGGAUCCGUGCAAAGCCGUUGCUUUCUGGGGAGACAUAGCUCUCGAUGAAGAUGACAUGAAGUUGUUCCAUGUGGACAAACCCAGCCCGUCGUCUAAAUUUGCAGCAAAGGCAAAUGGGCACAUGUCAGGUGGUUUUGAAGAACAAAGCCGCUUUCUGAACCAGAACUCUAGCACGUCAGCAAAUCUUAAAAACAGAAAAGUUAAAAAGGGACUGAAAUCAAAGCCCACCUUAAGUACCCAACUGAAGAGGACAACUGCUGAAAACAGCACCCUGAACGCCAGCCAACCAAAUAGCAGAGUACGAAGAGCCGCCACCUCCCGUCAGGAGAGAAUAUGGCCUGGUGGAGUUAUACCGUACGUUAUUGGAGGAAACUUCACAGGUACCCAAAGAGCCAUAUUUAAACAAGCCAUGAGACACUGGGAAAAAUUUACUUGCGUCACCUUUGUGGAGAGAACCGAUGAGGAGAGCUUUAUUGUGUUCACCUACAGGCCUUGUGGAUGCUGUUCCUAUGUGGGUCGGCGUGGUGGAGGUCCUCAGGCAAUAUCCAUCGGUAAAAACUGUGAUAAGUUUGGCAUCGUGGUCCAUGAGCUCGGCCAUGUGGUUGGCUUUUGGCAUGAGCACACACGACCUGACAGGGAUAACCACGUCCUGAUCAUCCGGGAAAAUAUCCAACCAGGGCAGGAGUACAACUUCCUGAAGAUGGAGCCUGGAGAAGUGAAUUCUUUGGGGGAGACCUAUGACUUUGACAGUAUAAUGCACUAUGCCCGGAACACCUUCUCAAGGGGGGUCUUCCUGGACACUAUUCUUCCCCAAAGAGAUGACAAUGGUGUCAGACCACCCAUUGGACAACGAAUCCGACUUAGCCGGGGAGACAUUGCCCAAGCAAAAAAACUCUACAAGUGUCCAGCAUGUGGAGAAACUCUUCAGGACACAACAGGGAACUUCUCAGCUCCAGGAUUUCCAAAUGGAUAUCCAUCAUACUCACACUGUGUGUGGAGAAUUUCUGUGACUCCUGGAGAAAAGGUGAUAUUAAACUUCACGUCCAUGGACCUUUUCAAAAGUCGUCUCUGCUGGUACGACUACGUUGAAGUGCGUGAUGGCUACUGGAGAAAAGCCCCUCUGCUUGGCAGAUUUUGUGGCGAUAAAAUCCCUGAGUCCAUCUUAUCCACAGACAGCAGACUAUGGAUUGAGUUUCGGAGCAGCAGCAACAUUCUAGGCAAAGGAUUUUUUGCAGUCUAUGAAGCCAUCUGUGGAGGAGACAUAAACAAGGAUGUGGGGCAGAUCCAGUCACCUAACUACCCUGAUGAUUACAGACCCUCUAAGGAAUGCAUCUGGAAGAUCACCGUGAGUCAAGGCUUCCAUGUGGGCCUGUCCUUCCAGGCCUUUGAGAUUGAAAGACAUGACAAUUGUGCCUAUGACUUCCUGGAGAUCCGGGAUGGAGUCCAUGAUGACAGCCCCCUCAUUGGCCACUACUGUGGAUAUGAAAAACCAGAUGACGUCAAAUCAACCUCCAACCAGCUGUGGAUGAAGUUUGUGUCUGAUGGCUCCAUCAACAAGGCUGGCUUUGCAGCUAAUUUUUUUAAAGAGGUGGAUGAGUGCUCCAGGCCGGACAAUGGUGGCUGCGAACAGCGUUGUGUGAAUACACUUGGCAGCUACAAGUGUGCGUGUGAUCCCGGGUUUGACCUUGCACCUGACAAAAGAAGCUGUGAAGCUGCAUGUGGCGGCUUCCUCACAAAACUGAACGGCACCAUUACAAGUCCGGGGUGGCCAAAGGAGUACCCUACCAACAAGAACUGUGUCUGGCAGGUGGUUGCUCCAACCCAGUACAGGAUCUCUUUGCAGUUUGAUGUUUUUGAGCUGGAAGGAAAUGAAGUUUGCAAAUAUGACUAUGUGGAGGUGCGCAGUGGACUGUCUACAGACUCAAGGCUACAUGGGAAAUUCUGUGGCUCUGAAAAGCCUGACGUUAUCACUUCUCAGCUCAAUAACAUGAGAGUGGAAUUCAAGUCUGACAACACAGUUUCAAAAAAAGGCUUCAAGGCCCACUUCUUCUCUGAUAAGGAUGAAUGUUCCAAGGACAACGGCGGCUGUCAGCACGAGUGCCUCAAUACAUUUGGCAGCUAUACUUGCCAGUGUCGAAACGGUUUCAUUCUUCAUGAGAAUGGCCAUGACUGCAAAGAAGCUGGUUGUGAACACAAGGUGACCAGUGCUGAGGGAGUGCUGAGUAGCCCCAACUGGCCAGACAAGUAUCCCAGCCGGAAGGAGUGCACCUGGGAGAUCUCAUCCACUGCCGGACACAGAGUGAAAAUUGUCUUCAAUGACUUUGAGGUGGAACAGCAUCAAGAAUGCGCUUAUGACCACUUGGAGUUGUACGAUGGCCCCAACAGCAAGUCACCUAUCCUCGGACGCUUCUGUGGUAAUAAGAAACCGGACCCGGUCAUCUCUUCAUCCAAUAAGAUGUUCCUUAGAUUUUACUCCGAUGCCUCAGUACAAAGGAAAGGAUUUCAGGCGAAGCACAGUACAGAAUGCGGUGGACGAAUGAAAGCAGAGAUUAGAACCAAGGAUCUAUACUCUCACACGCAGUUUGGAGAUAACAACUACCCUGGACAGUCCAACUGUGACUGGGUGAUAACUGCUGAGGAUGGCUACGGUGUGGAACUUAUCUUUCAGACAUUUGAAAUCGAGGAAGAGUCUGACUGUGGAUACGACUUCAUGGAAAUCUACGAUGGUUAUGACAGCAGCGCGCCAAGGCUGGGCCGUUUCUGUGGCUCAGGGCCACCAGAAGAAAUCUACUCAGCUGGGGAUUCCAUAAUGAUCCGCUUUCACUCCGAUGACACCAUCAAUAAAAAAGGAUUUCACGCGCGGUACACAAGCACCAAAUUCCAAGAUGCACUGCAUAUGUGAACAAAGCUGGACGAGGAGCGCUUGCUCAGCGUUUUAUCUUUUCUGACAAAACACAAAAUUACAGUCACAGGAAAAAAAAAAAAAGAAACACUUGCCGCAGAAGCACCCGGAGUCCGGUGUUGAGAGUAUUUGUUUUCUGCAAAUAAAAUUGAAACACUGCUUACAAAAAAACUUCAGAUCUGCCUUCUAAGCAUGCCAAUUAAUUGCUGAAAUCCUAAGGACCAAAUAUUUAAGUGGCAUAUCAAGCCGUUCAAAAAGAAAAGGAUUUUUUUUUAUAUUUAUUUUUUAUGUUUUGUUUUUUUAGCUUGGAGUUUAGGAAGGUUGGCAUCUGCCAACAUAUGGUACCCUUUCCUUGGUGCCUCAGGUGUGCCUAGCUUCUUGAGUCCUGUCACGUGUGAACAUCACCCUAAGCUAGUUCAUUUCCAUGCCUGCUCUUGUCGACGGUGUCCCAUUCCUGGUACCCAGGGUCAAGUCUGAUGCCAAGGUUUAUUCUUUCAAGGCUUAAGCGAUGUGACGUUUCAGAUAGCUAGUAUGGUACCCCAUUGGGAAAAUACUUGAAUUGGUGAAAAAGAGGCUUGUGACACCCAGUAUGCCAGCACUCCUCCUGUUUAGCUCUGUGGCACCCCUUAUUAUUGACGAGAUGUGUCCCUGUGAAGAACGGGCAGCAUUGUUGAGUCUCCUUACGGCAUCGCUCAGUGAGAAGUGGUGAUGAUGGAUGAAAGUCAAACCAUACAAAGCAGUCACAAAAACGGACACAGACGAUUCCCCUUUUACAUGACGUUGUGCUUCUGAAGAAGCUGAGUAACACGAAUGUAACGCUUUAAUAUCACAGGGUCGCUAGCUUGAGUUGGCUGAUCUGGGUAGGUGAAGGCCUGAUUCUUCUCUCAGUUCUCCAUGGGCACUGCCUAGAGUGGAUAUCGAAAUUGAAUCUCUACAUUUUUAAUAAUAUCACCUUCAUAUUGUGGUCGUUUUAGCUUUACACUUCUUUAAUGGCACUUCCGUGCAGUGAAAGAUAUGGCAGCAAUAAAGUUAAAAUACACAAUGAAAAUCUAAUCAGUUUAAAUGGGAACUGAGUGGCAGAGAUCAAUUAAGCAAUCGUUUUUGGGGGAAAAUACUAAAGAGAACUAAAGCCAAAGGGUGAGAACAAAGUUGAGAUCAAAACCAGAAAACCAUUCUCUAAAACUUGUUUUAUUUGAAUCGAGAAUUUUUUAAAAAGUUUUUCCUUCAAAGUUUGUGCAACUUUGCAUGCAAAUAUCUUUUAUAACAUGACAGCCAUAAUGUCCCAGGUCAUAUGGCGUUGGUGACUAGCCACCAUGCAGCAUCUGUCAGGACUAUGCAAGAGACAGGUGACCUGUGAGAUAUGCAUAAAAGCAAAACAAAUUACAAUAAAAGUAGCGACUGAAACCCAGGCAAAAUAUAAAAUCAAAGUCAAACCCAAGAGAGACACACAGUUUUGCUUUUAGGGUAUUAUUUCUUCAGAUCGGAUAAGAAAAUGCUUAACCAGCUGGCCUUGUAUACCGUCGUACGAUGAACUGGAGAUCGCGACUGUGUAGGCCACACCCCUCGAAAUGCGAGAUACAAACCCUAAUGACAAAUCCAAAAUUGACAAGUAAGGAAAACCUCAGAAAUGGUGUAGAAGACGGUAAAAUAUGACGGCAUCAUACCAACCAAGAACACAAAAUGGUAGCAUUCAGAAAAGUAACCACGUAAAAACAGCGAGGUGAGGCUGUCACCAAAUAAUUGACAAAAAAUAGAGAAAUAAUAAAAAAUCAAUAAUGUUAUGCAAUCUGAAAACUACUAGGGCACAGCAAAGACCUGUAACUAGCCAAAUCUGUAAAAUAUUUUCGACAAGACCAGAAUGUUGUUGAAUAAUCGAAAGAAAAUGUCAAAAAAACAGACAAAGAGAAUUUGUUGUUUUAAUAGCGAUAAGCAAUCUUCGACAUCGUAAAACACACAUUGUCAACAUUUAAAGCGUCAUGUUAGUGAUGUCAGCAUUCAUGACUUUCGGGAGCCGCAUUGCCAGCGAUGGAGCAUCAUGUCGUUAUAAUGUAACUCUGAAAUGGCAGCGCCCGUUCAAAACAAUCAUUAAGCAAAAAAGUAACAUUAAUAAAAUUUUACCUAGCUCUAGAAGAUAAGUAACUGUUAAAUAACAUCACCAUAAUGUCAAAACUAUAUUAAGUAGCUCAAAGAAUUUUUACGUUAUCUGACUCCUAAAACAUUAAAUGUGAGUCAAGUGUAAACGAUGAACGCGAAGUUAAAACAUCUUCUUGAAUGACGAGGUCUUUUGUGUCUGAGCCACAGCGGGGCCUUAAGAACAAGAACCGACGAUUGAUCCUAAAGUGGACGAGCUGCGGUAGGCACUAAGGUUCUGCCUGACUGCACUCAACCGAAAGGAUAUUUAUUUACGUGUCACCUACCCCAUGAAGUUUGUAGUGAUGGCAGAGAAAGUUUUAAUUUCUUGUUUUCAUGCAGAACGGAGAUAACAAUAACAAAGUUUCUGAUGUAAUAGACAUCUUUGGCGGGGUACUCAACGUUGGUCCUGGAGGUCCACAAUAGCUGCAGGUUUUGGAUUUAACCCAAUCUUUAAUUUGAACCCAUUUAUUUACAACUAAAGCAGUUUGUUUUUGAGUUAAGUUUUAGUUAACUGGCUUGUUGCAAUUCUAAACCCUUAAUCGCCUAUUUCAAUUUUUAACGGCUGUAUUGAGGUUUUAGUUGUGUCCUGUUUUCGUAAACAGCCAUCAGUUAAUAAUGAGGUGCGAAUGACAAAAGAGCCAGCAGCAGCUAACAUAAAGCAGUGUAUAUGCGUCAUGAAGUGUUUGAAUUAUUACAAUGAUUUCAAAAAAAUGAACGAGAAGGGAAGAACUAAGAGCUACAAAUUUGUCCUGGACCAGAAAAUAUACACAUAAUGUUCUGAGAAAAUGAAAAAUCUACAAUGUGAUAAAAGAUUUGACUUGGAAGAAUGAAAGCACAAACAAGCCAUAGAAUUAAAUACCAAGUUUCAUUAUCUGCUAGGCCUGACUUCUAAUUCCAAAAAUGCUUGGAAUAAAAAUCUGGACUCAGAGCAGACUUCCAGAACUGUAAACUGAGGACCCCUGGGCCAUCGUGACCAAUACUGGAUAACAACACACAAUAUCAAAAAUGUCCUUUAAAAAAUCUCGUGUUACUCAUGUUGCAUAAACCUCACGAGAAGUCAUCCAGUCGCACACUCAUAAUGUCCCAAGCUUGCAUUUUUACUAAAAUAUCGUUAAAUAAAACACCUCUGGAAACCGCUUUCAUGAAUGUAACUGGAUCGCUCAAAUGCAGACGAGCAUUUGAAUUAAAGAUUGUCUUCCCAUUGUUACAAUUAUAUUCAAAUCGAAUCCACAACAGGCACACCGUGGGAUUAUUUAGCAGCAGUCUGUGAAUGUGCAUUUCAACCUCCUGUCUGUGGCAGCAUCUCAGAUACGCAGAAGUCCGAGGCACAUUCUCUUCCUGAUAAUGUUUUUACAUAAUUUUCUUUAACUUUUAAUCUUUAAUUGUACUCUUCUUUCAAUGCAAACAUUUUCAUUGCUAUCACGUAAAGUGCAAUCCUUCCUACCGAAUAUGUAAAUAGUGGGCUGCAAACUGGCCAAUGAAUGAGAAGGGGGUUGAUCUUCAAUUCAGAUACAGUACUCGACUGCGGAUAAGUGCGUUCCAUUUUUAGUUCUCAAAGAGUGUUUUCCAGAAAUGGUUUAUUUAAUAAUAUUUUAAUAAAAAUAGAUGUGUUUGGAAUGGAUGACGUGACACGUGGGUUUCAUGGAGAUUUUGAUACUGUUUCUUGUUCUACGCCCUUGCUCACCAUCAACCCCAUUAUGUCAGAAACUUUUUUGUCUGUGUUUUCCAUGAUGACAUGAAAUUAAACUUUUUCUCCCAGUCGUCACUACAAAAUUAAAAAAAUAAUAAUUUUCGGGUGGAAUAUUCCUUUAAGAAGAUGAGUUGUGGGGUGAUUCCUUAUGCUUACUAUGCACCAGAUGGCAUCCUGUUCAUUUUCCUAUAGUUAUGUUUCUCCUUUAAACAAAGUAUUUGCGUCACAAAAACUUACAUUGUUUUUCAAAGCGAAUAUGAGAGACGCAGUUCGAACACGAGAUAUUUAACUAUUAUUGGAUCAUCCCGUGGCACCCAGGGAUUCACAUUUUCUACAAUAAUAAGGGUCCUUCGUUCAAAAAUAACCUCAUGAGAAAUGCUUCUCCCUGCCAUAUUUGGGUCAUCCAAGACCACCAUUCUUGUAAAGAUCACAGGCUUUGAUUUUGAUUUCACUGACAAUUGCAGAUUAUCAGAGUCUCACAUUUUCAGUUCAUAUCUCCUUGGUCGUGAUGCAGGCUUCACUUCCAGAUCAGAGCCGUAUUUUCUGGCCACCUUUAAGCUUCUUUACUGGCCCAGGUUGCCCAGUUGUCCAUGACACCUUUGAUGCCUGUUUAGUCUUUAUGGCCUAGAGCUAACUGUACCAAAAUGUUUUGAGCUCAGCUGGGAAUUGUGUGGUUAUCACUUCCUGGAGUCCUUCUAUUGAAGGAGUUGCUUUGGGGACCACCAUUCGUGGCCAUGAUGUGCACUCUUUAGGCAGGGUGCUCAUUCUAAGAGGCACUGUGUUCUUGGUCUCCUUUAGAUCUUGAAGCAGACAGGUAGGGUAUUUUGCAAGCGAGAUGUGACCCCCCCAAGACAUUGAGUUUAGGUUUGGGGGCUGGCAUUCCAUAGUGGAAAGUCAAUAUUUGACUGCCCCUUAAAUGUUCAGACUCUUAACAAUAAAAGCACCACAAUGACUAACUUGGCCCCCCAAUGGGUGUCACCUCCUGAGAUUCAGUUGUGCCAUUGAGUCGAUCGAGGACGUGGGCAUCGGAAAGUCCUCAGACUUGUCCUGUCGUCAGCUACGUUUGAACGAGCUGAAGAGUCAGGGGUGGUCUUUCUCUUCCCUUCUGUGUCCAUUUGUCUUCCCCGUUCCCUCAGGUUUGUCCAGUGUCCACCAAGAGGUGACACGUUUUUUUGUUGUUUUUUUUAAUUUUCUCGACAUUCCUGCAUUUGUGGGACCUUCAUUUUUGAUCCUACAAAUGUUUUUUUCUUCUUAAUUUCUGUUCUUUUAAUUUGUUUGCAGUUUCUAGUUCAGGUUAUUCUUGUUUUGUUUUAUUUUAUUUUAUUUUUUAUAAUUGUAAGAACGGCUGUGAUCUUCGGACCUCAAACACCCUCCUCCCUUUCCCCUCCAUAAUAAAUGGACCUUUUCAACUUUUGUGGCGUGCAGGAGGGGAAUCAAUCUGUGUUUCUUUUAUUCAUUGCACUGUUGCAAUGUUUUGAGUAAUAUAUGCUACAACGUUAGCAUUAAUCUAAUUAGUUUUUUUUCUUAAUACAGUAUAAAUAUAUAUAUAUACAUGUAUAUAUAUAUAAAUAUAUAGAGAGAGAAAGACAAUAAGCACUAAAUAGCUGCCUUGUUUUAAAGUCUGUCUAGAGAUGUCUGUCUGGUUUGCUGUAUACUGACCACCGGGGUUAUAUUUAAUAAUCCUAAGUGCCUGGAAGGUACGUGUUAAUACGGGGGGGAGGGUGUCGAAAUAAAUCAGGUUUUGUCUUUGCUCCUGUUAUUUAAAAUGAAAUAUAAGGAAUACAAGAAGACAAUAAAGUGCUUGAAGAACAUUGUAAUCGCC